AUGGCAGGCCCAACGAAUUCUGGAUCAGGUGGAUCCAAGAACAGUAUUAAGAUAUUUGCAAAUAUUUUCAUUUCAUUCAUAGGAGCGGGUAUUUUGGGAUUGCCAUUUGCUUUUAAAGAGGCUGGAAUACUUGAAGGGGCCCUGAUAAUGACAUUUGUAGGCUUUAUAAGUGUUAAGGCUAUGUUACUGAUAAUAGAUUGUAAAUAUCAGUUGAUGGGUAAGAAAUUAGAUAGUAAUACUGAAAGAUCUUAUAUUCAUACUGAUGAUGGUUUGACUGAGGGACAUGAAGAGGAAUAUAAAGAAUUAAUUAAUGAAGGAGAAAUGAUGAUUCGAGUUAAAGACCCACCUAAACCAAUUGGAGAUGAUUUAACCUAUGGUGAUGUAGGAUUCCAUGCUAUGGGGCCUAUAGGAAAGCUGUUAGUUGAUAUGGCAAUUGUUAUUUCACAAACUGGUUUCUGUUGUGCCUAUCUAAUAUUUAUAGUUAAAAAUUUAUCAGACUACAUUACAGGAGUCAGCAUAUUCAGUUGGUUAGCUAUCUUACUACCUCCUUUAACUUUACUCACAUUAAUAAGACAUUUGAACAGUUUAGCUUUAUCUAGUUUGAUGGCACAGGUUUCCAAUAUUUUUGCAUUUGGUGUUGUAUUUUGGUUUGAUUUUGAACAUCUUUAUACAGUAAGAAUCCAUCCCAAAGAAAUGUCCAUAAAAGGUUUUCCAUUUUUCUUGGCUAUAGCUAUUUAUUGUUAUGAGGGUGCUGGUAUGAUAUUAUCAUUAGAAUCAUCUGUUGCUCAGGAAAAACGACACAAAUUUAAAAAAAUAUUUAUAAUAUCUAUGGUAUUAGCUACAACAUUAUAUAUUACAUUUGGUUCUGCAGGAUAUCUGUCAUUUGGUCCACAGACUAAUCCAAUUAUUACUUUGAAUUUACCAAAAGGUAGUUCUGUAGAUUUUAGUAUGGUUGUAAAGUCAUCAUUAUGUUUAGCUCUGUUAUUUACAUACCCAGUAAUGAUGUUUCCUGUGAUGAAAAUAUUAGAAAGAAUUUUAAUAGCUGAUGCUGACAAACAUUAUUGGAGAGGGAAUAUAUUACGAUGUAUUAUGGUGUCAUUAACUGGUAUAAUUGUGGUCUUAAUACCAAGUUUCUCUAAUUUAAUGGCAUUAAUUGGUUCAACAUGUUGUACCUUACUAGCAUUUAUUUUACCUGGUGUCUUCCAUUUAUAUAUAUUUAAAGGGUCCUUAACAAGGUCUCAGAAAUUUUUAGACUAUUUUUUGAUAUUGAUGGGAAUUGUAGGAUCUGUAGUAGGUUUAUGGGAUGCAUUAAAAAGGUUAUCUGAAGGUGAAGAUGAGGAUUUAGAGGUGGUUGAAAAAGUCAUCACAACAUUAUCAACAGUUACUAAUAAUACCAUGAUCUCACUUACAGAACAUCUAAAACUUACAACCCGAGAAAUACUAAAAAAUACAACUAGUUAA